AUGGCGAGAACCAAGCAUUUCGCUUCCAGGGCACGAGAUCGCAAUCCAACUGAUGCCACCGCUUCAUCUUCGCCGGCGGCAGGUCCGAGUACGACCCCAGCGAGAAGGGGGACUCAAGCUGAAGGUGGAGAUGAUGCCCAACGAACAACUCCUGCAACUUCACCGGCUACUGGUAGAAAAAAAGGGGCUAAGAAAAGUAAACAGGCUGUGCCACAAAGUUCGAACAAGAAGCCUUACCGUUACAGGCCAGGAACUGUUGCUCUGAGAGAGAUUCGCCGAUUCCAGAAGAGCACUGAACUUCUAAUCCCAGCUGCUCCUUUUAUUAGAACAAGGCCAACGAUAGACAAGAACUCCCCCCCGAACACAGCUUACAACUUUCAUCGUACUGUGCUCUCCAAAGAGCAACUCUUCUCAAAAUCUCAAAAGGCGAUGAGUUGGAAUGGGAUUCCAACUAAGGAUUCUUGUGGUUCGAGAGGAUCCAGCUACAGGAGAACCAGGAACGGAGAGCUUUCCCCCCUUUUCCGCCCCAACUCUUUCGAAUGCUGGUUUUAA